AUGACAGCGACGUUCGUGCCUCCGGAUGGUGAGCGUGGAUGCAGCACAGGCAUGGAGAAUCCUUCGGCCUCCCCGGAUCUUCCAGUCCCGGCCCUCAGCAGUGGGAGCAGCACAAGCCCGACCACAACAACCUCCGGCGGGGGGAGUAGUAGUGUUUCGAGCCCUGGUUCAGGAGGCACGACCCCUGGCGACGGUAGUAGUGGGAUCGGUGGAGCUUUCAGGGAGCUAUUUGAGGCCUGUCGGAAUGGAGAUGUAUCCCGGGUGAAGAGACUUGUAGACUCGGUGAAUGUGAAUGCGAAGGACAUGGCCGGACGAAAAUCUACCCCUCUGCAUUUCGCUGCUGGUUAGUUAAGAUAGCGCUAACAAGCUUUGUUUUUGUGUUGUCAGCGCGAGUUGGCAGGUUGAAGUGUUUUCACACAUCGCAUGGUGCUUGUGAAAAAUAUCACCAUUUUGGUCUGCCACGACGAGAAUGGAUGGUUAGUUAUUAGUUAGCUACUGUACUGUAACUAGUUACGAAUGCUCAUUUUAAUUCGCUACUGUUAGUUAGCUAACUAGUUUGCCAAGAUGAAGGCCCAUCGAAAACAGCUAGCUUAGUUGGCUAACUAGCUAAUGCUAAAAACAGUUUAGCACACACACGGAUGGGGACAGAAGGCCUCAGUCUCUCAGCCCUCGUAGUUUUUAGCUACUUGCUAAACGUAAACAAAAAUGCACAAAUGUGUGUUUUGACGGGUGUUUCUCAAGCUAUUCCUUGGCACGAUCGAGUUUGGGAAAACCUGUUCAAGAGGAGCUGCUAAAAAGUAACGUUAGUUAGGUUGUUGAUAUUGUGCGCUGUUAAUUUUUUUGUUUUGUUUCAUAGAACUGACAUUACAUUACUGUCACACUGGAUGCACUGACCAUGUUUUGUCUGUCACUGUGUCAGGUUUUGGCCGGAAGGAUGUGGUUGAGCACCUCUUACAGACUGGUGCUAACGUGCACGCCAGAGACGACGGUGGCCUCAUCCCCCUGCACAACGCCUGCUCCUUUGGCCACGCGGAGGUGGUCAGUCUACUGCUGUGCCAAGGUGCGGACCCCAACGCACGGGACAACUGGAACUACACACCUCUGCAUGAGGCAGCCAUCAAGGGCAAGAUUGACGUGUGCAUCGGUAAGGGUGGAUGUGGCAAAAAAAAUCGUGUGUCUGACGAUAUAGGGUGACAUGCACAUCCUAAACUUGAGAAUACCAGUACUUUGCUAAAAAAUAAUACCGUGAUAUUGCUGCUCCCAGUGCCUUAUUACGGCACCCAAAUGUACAAUGUUGUGUCUUUCAACACUCUUAAACCCUGGUAAUUUGCCCAGGAAAAGUUAUGUUGACAAUAUUCAAUCAAUCAAAUGUAUUUAUAAAGCCCUUUUUACAUCAGCAAAUGUCACAAAGUGCUUAUACAGAACCCAGACUAAACCCCCAAAGAGCAAAUAAUGCAGAUGUAGAAUUGACUUUACUAAGGUGAUUUACUAUAGGUAGUUAAAAUACUGUAAACUCUGCAAGGUAUAAGACUAUAAUUGAAUUAAAAUAAUGAAACUGUUUCCUAUGUCUCCUUCACACAGUGCUCCUCCAGCAUGGCGCUGAUCCCAACAUCCGUAAUACGGACGGCAAGUCUGCCCUGGAUCUGGCAGACCCCUCUGCCAAGGCUGUGCUCACCGGUGAGUUUCAUACAACUACUCUCUUUCAGCCAGUUCUCUCCCCCAUUACGUUGGGUACGUUCCUAUGUUGUAUUUUGUAUUUUACGUGACUGCAACUAUAACGAUCUGGGCCCGCUUUUCCAAAAGCAUCUUAAGGCUAAGUUAAUCUUGGAACCAUAGGAUCCUAUCGUUCUAAUGUUUAACUUAGCCAUAAGAUGCUUUUGGGAAACCGGGCCCAGGACUGUAACCUUUUGUCUGAAUCAUGGCAUGGCUUGUCUUGACUUGGAACUCUGUGCCGUUCUAACCUGAUAUUUUGUAUUCAGGUGAGUAUAAGAAAGAUGAACUCCUGGAAGCGGCAAGGUGAGUAUCUUUAUCAACUUGUUUCAUUGGAGUGAUCUGUUUGUAGUAUUAGGCUACCUACCACAUCUUUAAACAUUUUCUAAUACAAAAUAUUUGAUCUUUCUUCUGUUCUCUUAUGAUCUGUGUGCUACAGGAGUGGCAAUGAAGAGAAGCUGAUGGCACUAUUGACCCCACUAAAUGUCAACUGCCAUGCCAGUGAUGGCCGCAAGGUAAUAAAGAUAUCGCCUACACAACCUUACAUGCCCACACUUUAUAUUAAUGUUGUAUAAUAUGUAGCGUAUGCUUGAUUUGUUCUAAAUAUUGGCGUGACCAACAGCAAGAAAAGUCUGGAGAGAAACUCUGUUUUCAGCCUACAUACCAAAAAAAGUCACUUGUGUGGGGAUAAAAAACAUCAUCUCAUCCUAGUCGGAUUAUUAUGUUUGGAACACUAUGAAGAGGAUUUGUGUCAUUGUAUUGGAUUUAGGCAGGGGACGCUUUAAUUUGACUGAACUUGUGCCCAGGCCAUAUUAUAUAUACAGUGCCUUCGGAAAGUAUUCAGACCCCUUGACUUUUUCCACAUUUUGUUACGUUACAGCCUUAUUCUAAAAUCGAUUAAAUUGUUUUUUUUCUCCUCAUCAAUCUACAUACAAUACCCCAUCAUGACAAAGCAAAAAGAGCUUAGAAAUGUUUGCACAUUUAUUACAAAUAAAAAAUGGAAAUAUCACAUUUACAUAAGUAUUCAGACCCUUUCCUCAGUACUUUGUUGAAGCACCUUUGGCAGCGAUUACAGCAUCGAGUCUUCUUGGGUAUGACACUACAAGCUUGGCACACCUGUAUUUGGGGAGUUUCUCCCAUUCUUCUCUGCAGAUCCUCUAAAGCUGUCAGGUUUGAUGGGGAGUGUUGCUGCACAGCUAUUUUCAGGUCUCUCCAGAGAUGUUAGAUCGUGUUCAAGUCCGGGCUCUGGCUGGGCCACUCAAGGACAUUCAGAAACUUGUCCCGAAGCCACUCCUGCUUUGUCUUGGCUGUGUGCUUAGGAUAGUUGUCCUGUUGGAAGGUGAACCUUCGCCCCAGUCUGAGGUCCUGAGCACUCUGGAGCAGGUUUUCAUCAAGGAUCUCUCUGUACUUUCCUCCCUUCAUCUUUCUCUCGAUCCUGACUAGUCUCCCAGUCCCUGCCGCUGAAAAACAUCCCCACAGCAUGAUGCUGCCACCACCAUGCUUCACCGUAGGGAUGGUGCCAGGUUUCCUCCAGACGUGACACUUGGCAUUCAGGCCAAAGAGUUCAAUCUUGGUUUCGUCAGACCAGAGAAUCUUGUUUCUCAUGGUCUGAGAGUUCUUUAGGUGCCUUUUGGUAAACUCCAAGCAGGCUGUCAUGUGCCUUUUACUGAGGAGUGACUUCUGUCUGGCCACUCUACCAUAAAGGCCUGAUAGGUGGAGUGGUGCAGAGAUGGUUGUCCUUCUGGAAGUUUCUCCCAUCUCCACAUAGGAACUCUAGAGCUCUGGCAGAGUGACCAUCAAGUUCAUAGUCACCUCCCUGACCAAGGCCCUUCUCCCUUGAUUGCUCAGUUUGGCCGGGCGGCCAGCUCUAGGAAGAGCCUUGGUGGUUCCAAACUUCUUCCAUUUAAGAAUGAUGGAGGCCACGGUGUUCUUGGGGACUUUCAAUGCUUUGGUACGGUUCCCCAGAUCUGUGCCUCGACACAAUCCUGUCUCGGAGCUCUACAGACAAUUCCUUCGACCUAAUGGCUUGGUUUUUGCUCUGACAUGCACUGUCAAAUGUGGGACCUUGUAUAGACAGGUGUGUGCCUUUCCAAAUCAUGUCCAAUCAAUUGAAUUUACCACAGGUGGACUCCAAUGAAGUUGUAGAAACAUCUCAAGGAUGAUCAAUGGAAACAGGAUGCACCUGAGCUCAAUUUCGAGUCUCAUAGCAAAGGCUCUGAAUACUUAUGUAAAUAAGUUAUUUCUGUUUAUUAUUUUUAAAACUGUUUUCGCUUUGUCAUUAUGGGGUAUUCUGUGUAGAUUGCUGAGAUUUGUAUUUAUUUAAUCCAUUUUAGAAUAAGGCUGUAACAUAACAAAAUGUGGAAAAAGUCAAGGGGUCUGAAUACUUUCCGAAGGCACUGAUUUAACAGCGAUAUCAACAUGGGAUUUUUCCGAUUUUUGACUUGAAAGAUGCCCAUCUGUCCAACUAUUUUGUCUCCUGUGAUCGUAGUCGAAAUGUAAUCCUUUUUAUUGUAUAUAAACGUAUGUUACCCUAUUCAACCAUUCCCUGUGUGCAGAGGGUUCAUUUUGGUACUCCUUCAGUAUUGCUCCAAAUAGUUUUUUGCAGAGGGAUAUUCAUUGGAAAUAUUUUCACUUUUAUUUUGGUCCCUCAGUUACCUCUAAUUCUAGUAGCACUGAUCCUCUGUCUUCUGCACAUCCAACAUUUGCUAUAACCAAGUUGUCACCAAUAUCGAUCAACAUUUUUGUUUUUGAAUAGUUGGUCAUGUUUAUCACAUCCAUUAAUAUUCUAUCAUGUAGUGCAGAGUUUCCCAACCUUCUCCUCUGGGAUUGUUUUGUUUUAACCCUAAACUGGCACACCUGAUUCAAUUAGUCAAAGGCUUGAUGAUUAGUUAACUCAUUUAAUCAGGUGUGGCAGUUUAGGGUUAAAACAAAAAUGUGAAAUCAUGUUGUGCAGUGUUUCCCAACUCCUGUACUCGUACUCCCAAAAUAAAAAAAGCCCAAGACAAGCGCUCCUGAUUCUACUUGCCAACUAAUCAUCAAGCCAUUGACAAGUUGAGUCAGGUUUUCAAAAAUGUGCUGUUGGGGCUACUCAAGGACCGGAUUAGGAAACACGGAUUGUAGAAAUGUUAUGGAAAUUCCAUUUUAGCUUAAUGCAUUGUGUCUCUAGCACACUGUCACUGGCCACGUUUACAUGCACACCAAUAUCUCAUUAUUAUUCGGGAUACUCAAGUAUUCUGUUUGAGUUGACGCGUAUAAAUAUCAUAUCCCGUUUACAAUAACCCAAAAAAGCUUGUAUCCAGGUUAUGAGAAACCCGGAUAAAUUGCCUGGGAUAUGCUUAUCUUAGACGGGAUACUGUGGCAUGUAAACAUCUUAUCCCAUUUACUGUUGUUUUUCACAGUCUGCGCAGGCUCAGUUUCACAUAUCAUGGGUGUUGGGUGAUGUUUUCAUCUCAUUGUCAAACAAAUCGCUUUAAAAUGUAGGCUACCUGCGGAAUUCGAUCAACCAUAAUCAUUCCAUAAUUUAUUUUGCUGAUACUCUGUACUGGACCGUAUAGCCUACUGGCUAUACAGCCUAUACGUUUCUGCUUAUAGUUUCUUACAUUUGGUAGGCCAUUUGUUUGUCAACUAUAGUUACAUGCAGCUUCUCUUCUGUCAACUUGUUGCCCCAGAAGACUAAAUAAAGUAGUGCUCACCAGAAUGUCUUACAUCGAAAGAAUGAAUGCGAAAGUAACCUAGUUAACAUUGGUUAAGUUGUCUGUUUCGUUUAAGGACCGGGGAGAAAACGCAAUGACUCCAAAACAGUGUAAAGAUUGGCCCUGAGCUACUAUCCGGAAUACUCUGCGCACGUAAACAUGGUCAUUGACUUCCUGUCAUGAGUGCGUUGUGGUAAUAGGGUGGUUGUUUAGGAUUAUUUUAAUCUUUGCAUUGUUAUUAGCUGUUGAUGAGUUUAGUGUUUGGAUCAGAGGGCAUUGUGUUUCACCAGAGCACUCCUCUCUCUACUCAGGGCGUCAUGACUUGACAAUUAACUUCAGUCUGAGGAAAGUGUGUACUUAAAGUCAGAAGGCUCUACUUUGCAUUGGUAAUUGUGGAAUAGUACUGGCUCAUUUGUAAAUGUAGUUGCCCCUCGUCUUGUUUGGCACCAGUUUUAAUUAUUCAGUUUUUCACUUCCAGUGCAUUCUCAUGAGUAGAGAAGUCAUCGCCAAAAAGCUAGCAUCCAUCUCAGAGUUGGCAAGAAACCAUAUCUUGGUCUCCUUUUCAUAAUUAUGAAUAAUGCAUCAUCUAGAGACUAUUGGCUAGGAUGAGCAGUAUUUUUCUAGCAUCAUAAUUCACUCUGGCUAACCAGGUCCCUAAAGUGGAUGAUUUAAAAUCCUACUCAUUAUUCUUUGACAUUUAGGUUUUCCAAGCACAUUACCUUGUUCCUAACUGACAUUUUAGGAAAGCCUCAUUGAAAUUUUUUUAUAAUCAUAACAGCGUUUCCUCCUCCAUCUGUUUUGUUGGCAGAACACAUUUGGGUUUAUAUGAAUGGGCCGUUUGUUAAGAAGACUCUUGGGCACACUGUGGUGACAACAAAGCAUUCACUCCCUGCACCUCAGUGUGCCUGUGCCAGUCUGAGGGCUUGUGUGGGUGUAGGAUAAGCACUUUGGCUUUUCCUGAGGGAUAACCAGGGAGCCUGCCUGCCUUAUUAAGAAUCCUACAGAGCAACAGUGAGACUAGUCACAUUUCCCUAAAGCUGUGUACUCAUUGUACCUGGUGUCACUUUGAAUUUAUAUAAAUGGAUAAUGCCGGUGUGUUUCUCAUUCAUUUUAAAGGGUGAUAGGCUAGAAGUAUCCUUUUUUGCUGUGAAAUAAAAAUACUACAAUUUUGUAAUUUUUUGUUUUGUUUUGUUUUUUGUGUGACUCUGGCAACAUUGUCGAUCAGUCAACAUCCCAAAAAAUGCUGGUAAGUUUAUCUCGAUAACUGCCACCUGAUUGUUGCACUGUUGUGAUUUGUAUUUUUUUCUUUAAUCCAUGUUUUAUUUGACCAAUACGCUGGCUCUCACUUGUAAUUAAUUGCACAUCAUGGACAUGGGUCUACUGGUCACUUUCAUAUUUCCUACCCCAAUGCUCCUGUCCUGUGAAUGUGUGUGGGGGGGGGGUGUAUAUGUGUGCCAGACCUGGGUUUAAAUAGUAGUUGUUAUCUUUCAAAUACAUUAGCUGUGCUUGAUUGAGCUUUCCUGCUGCAACGGUACAGACAGAAUAGUCCCUAAAGUGGACUACCAAAACCAUGCCUAUCUAGCACUUCAGCCAGGCUCAAUCACAUGCUAAAAGUAUUUAAAAGAAAACAGAUGGGCGUACCUACUAUUUGAACCCAGGUCUGGUGUGUGUGUGUGUGGUGGAGGAGGUGAGUAAGUGGUUCUGAAGCCAUGGCCUGCUUCGCUCAUUGGAUUUGGAGCUCAAAUAUAGCACAUUGCCUGAUUUUCCACAGUGCCACCCUCCCCUUUCUGCAGUCCUCUAUCUAACUACUUUACACCCUCCCACCUCUGCUAAGUUUCAAUCACUUCUUGUUCUUCAAUCAAUAUAUUUAUUGUAGGCCUGUGACUUUUCAGUUUUGAUCAAAUGCGCAUGUCUGGAAGCCUGCACCUUACAUUUUGUCAGUUUAUUCUUGUACUAUAUUGUAUGUAUUUGUUUGUGAUUUUUGACACUGUCCGCUUGUCACUUCGACUAGUCUUGAAUGGGUAGUGUUCCUUGGAUUAAGAAAAAUCAAUAAUUUCUCAUCUUUAAGUGCUGUGCUGACGUCGCUGCUCAUGCUUUUUGAAUUAUUUGAUUUUUUUCCUUGUGAUUUGCCUUCAUCAAACAUGAAUGAUAUUGUUGGUCUGUCCUGUCUGAGUUGUUCAGUGGUCUUAUUCUGUCUUGAUACCUACCAGUGCAUGAAUGCUACUUUUUCUUCCUUUCUGUCUGUGAGGUAAACUGUUGCUAAACUCCUGGGUGGAAAACUAUUCCACAGCUUUGCGUACACUAACAUUAUUAUGCUUGGCUCACAUAGGCACCAUGUGAUUUGGAAUGGCCAUACAGACCGACACAACAUUUGUUAUGAAUACACAGUAGAUUCAAUCCUUCCUUAGCCAGCUUUUUAGCAUCCUGUAUAUUAUGUUUUGGAAGGAAGGGGUUGAGGGACAAGUCAGAUUUCCCUUUUCUCCUUUUCAUAACUUGUUUGAGGUAAGCUAGCAUCAGUGUGCGACAUAAGAAGUAUCUUUUAAGAUGGAUGAUCUGAGAGUUCUGUCAGACUUGCAUAGACAGGGCGGUUGAGAAUAGGUUGAUUGUUUUGGGGUGUAAUACACGAACCAUUUUGAGCUUGCAUCCUUCCACCAUUCAACUGCAUUGAAAACUCACAGACCGUUCGUCAAUACAAUUUGCUUCCUAGCAUAAUCAGCCAUUCACCCACUCUGGCUCUCUGAAGGCAGUGUGUUCUGAUGUGUAUUGACUCUGAGCUCUGUGUGUCUAAUGACAUGUCCUCUCUUCCAGUCCACCCCACUGCACUUGGCGGCUGGCUACAACAGAGUCCGCAUCGUCCAGCUACUGCUGCAGCACAGGGCAGACGUCCAUGCCAAGGACAAAGGGUAAGACCAAACUCAAUACAAAACUUUAGUUGUAUUUGUACAGCCCCAUUUGAAGGCCUGUUUUCCUCCACUGUUUCUUGGUCUAAGAACAUUCUCAGCUGAGAAACGUCUCAACCACAGAUUCAUAGAAUAAAAUAACUGUUCAUUUUAAUGACUAUCUCUCUGGCAGUGGCCUGGUCCCUCUCCACAACGCCUGCUCCUAUGGACACUUUGAGGUCACAGAGCUUCUGCUCAAGGUAAGGGCUCUAAAAGAUUCUAGUUCACUUUUACAAAAUGGAUUUCUGUAGACCCGUCAUUGAUGCCCCACUUUAAUUAGCCAAUUUUAGAAUGUUGGUUUUAUUGAUGGAGAAUAAUUGAUCAACUCUCCUGUCUGUCUACAGCAUGGAGCGUGUGUAAAUGCCAUGGACCUGUGGCAGUUCACUCCUCUCCACGAGGCUGCAUCUAAGAACCGUGUGGAGGUGUGUUCUUUGCUGCUGAGCCACGGAGCCGACCCCACCCUGCUCAACUGCCACAGCAAGAGCGCCGUGGACAUGGCCCCCACCCCCGAACUCAAAGAGAGACUAACCUGUGAGUUCAGUGGGAGACUGGAGAGAACACACGUGCAUAUACAGUGCAUUCGGAAAGAAUUCAGACCCCUUCCCUUUUUCCACAUUUUGUUACAUUACAGCCUUAUUCUAAAAAUUCUUUUUUUUUUAAAUACAUCCUCAUCAAUUUACACACAAUACCACAUAAUGACAAAGCGAAAACGGGUUUGAAGAAAUUUUAGCAAAUGUAUAAAAAAAUUAAAACAGAAAUACCUUAUUUACAUAAGUAUUCAGACCCUUUGCUAUGAAACUCAUAAUUGAGCUCAGGUGCAUCCUGUUUCCAUUGAUCAUCCUUGAGAUGUUUCUACAACUUGAUUGGAGUCCACCUGUGGUUAGUUCAAUUGAUUGGACAUGAUUUGGAAAGGCACACACCUGUCUAUAUAAGGUCCCACAGUUGACAGUGCAUGUCAGAGCAAAAACCAAGCCAUGAGUUUGAAGGAAUUGUCUGUAGAGCUCCGAGACAGGAUUGUGUCGAGGCACAGAUCUGGGGAAGGGUACCAAAACAUUUCUGAAGCAUUGAAAGUCCACAAUAACACAGUGGCCUCCAUCAUUCUUAAAUGGGAGAAGUUUGAAACCACCAAAACUCUUCCUAGAGCUUGCCGCCCGGCCAAACUUAGCAAUCAAGGGAGAAGGGCCUUGGUCAGGGAGGUGACCAAGAACCCGAUGGUCACACUGACAGAGCUUCAGAGUUCCUCUGUGGAGAUGGUUGUCCUUCUGGAAGGUUCUCCCAUCUCUGCAGCACUCCACCAAUCAGGCCUUUAUGGUAGAGUGGCCAGACGGAAGCCGCCACUCAGUAAAAGGCACAUGACAGCCCGCUUGGAGUUUUCCAAAAGGCACCUAAAGACUCUGACCAUGAGAAACAAGAUUCUCUGGUCUGAUGAAACCAAGAUUGAACUCUUUGGCCUGAAUGCCAAGCGUCACAUCUGGAGGAAACCUGGCACCAUCCCUAUGCUGAAGCAUGGUGGUGGCAGCAUCAUGCUGUGGGGAUGUUUUUCAGCGGCAGGGACUGGGAGACUAGUCAGGAUCGAGGGAAAGAUGAACGCAGCAACGUACAGAGAUCCUUGAUGAAAACCUGCUCCAGAGCACUCAGGACGUCAGACUGGGGUGAAGGUUCACCUUCCAACAGGACAACGACCCUAUGCACACAGCCAAGACAACGCAGGAGUGGCUUCGGGACAAGUCUCUGAAUGUCCUUGAGUGGCCCAGCCAGAGCCCGGACUUGAACCCGAUCAAACCUAUGGAGAGACCUGAAAAUAGCUGUGCAGUGACGCUCCCCAUCCAACCUGACAGAGCUUGAGAAGAAUGGGAGAAACUCCCCAAAUACAGGUGUGCCAAGCUUGUAGCGUCAUACCCAAGAAGACUCGAGGCUGCCAAAGGUGCUUCAACAAAGUACUGAGUAAAGGGUCUGAAUACUCAUUUAAAUGUGAAAUUUUAGUUCUUUAUUUUCUCAUAAAUUUGCAAACAUUUCUACAAACCUGUUUUUGCUUUGUCAUUAUGGGGUAUUGUGUGUAGAUUGAUGAGGCAAAUCAAUUUACUUAAUCCAUUUUAGAAUAAGGCUGUAACGUAACAAAAUGUGGAAAAAGUCAAAGGGUCUGAAUACUUUCGGAAUGCACUGUAUACAUGUGUGCGCACAUUUUUAUAUACAUGAUAAUGAAAAAACACUUGCACACAGACUACUCUCUCAAUUCACAAAGACUACAGACCGAUGAGAAUGUCUGCGUCGGCCCUCGGCUCUUCUCACAUUUCAAUCUCCCCUUUUCGUUCAAUCUCCUUUCUGCCAUCCAGAUGAGUUUAAAGGUCAUUCGCUGCUCCAGGCAGCUCGGGAGGCAGACAUGGCCAAGGUGAAGAAGACCCUGGCCCUGGAGAUCAUCAGCUUCAAACACCCACAGACCAAUGAGACCGCCCUGGUGAGGUCAUCACUGCUCCUUCUGGCUAAUGCUCAAUGUCACAGUGACACAGAACGUUACCUCAUAAUCAACAGCUAUGGAUGUCUAAAAUGGCACCCUAUUUCCUAUAUGAAAAGUUAUGGGCCAUGAUUAAAAGUAGUGCACUAUAUAGGGAACAGGGUGCCAUUUGGGAUGCAUCCUAUGUCACUGUCAGAAUCUGUUUGUGUGACACAUGACCUAGGAUGACCACUAUAAACAAGCACAAAACCUGAGAAGGCAUUCACACAUGCUCCAUACAGUGAUAUAAUGGAAGGUGUUGUCCCUCUGUUUCAGCACUGUGCCGUUGCCUCCCCUCACCCCAAACGGAAGCAGGUGACAGAGCUGCUGCUGCGUAAAGGUGCCAACAUCAAUGACAAGAACAAAGAGUAAGACACCAUUACAACGAGGAGACCAUGUCAGUGUUUCACAUAUUGUAUAGGAGGCCCCCCCCCCAAAAAAAUACUUUAGCAUCUAUUGGUUUCAGUUAAGAAUGUUGGCUUGUUAAACUGCAGAAUGAGAAUCCUCUGAGGCUGAUUCCUGCACAAGGAAAGCAAUGCCCCUAAACAAUCGCUCUCUCCUUCCUGUCUGUCUGUAGCUUCAUGACGGCCCUGCAUGUUGCGGCCGAGAGAGCACACAACGACAUCCUGGAGGUGCUGCAGAAACAUGGAGCCAAGGUACACACUGCAGGCCUCUUCAGUCUAACAAAUACCAUUUCAUUUAGCUUGUCAUAUCUCUCUCUCUGGCUCGUAGCCUCCAUAUCUGAUAACUUCACAAAAAAAGAUUAUGAAAUAAGUGUAUCACAUUUAGCUUUGAGUCUGUUGCUGUUUGUGUGACUGACUAUUCCCUCUGUCCUUCUCCCUCUGUCCUUCUCCCCCGUCCUUCUCCCUACCCCCCUCCGUCUCCGACCCUCCAGGUGAAUGCGGUGGACACCCUGGGGCAGACGGCCCUCCACAGGGCAGCCUUGGCGGGCCACAUCCAGACAUGCAGGCUGCUGCUGAGCUACGGGGCUGACCCGGCCAUCGUCUCCCUGCAGGGCUUCACUGCCUCACAGAUGGGCAACGAGGCCGUGCAGCAGAUCCUCAAUGGUACAGUAGUAGAGCACCUUGGGUUAAAUACAAAGAUUCUCUUUUAUAUUCUACUCUCUACAUUGGGAUUGACAAUGGUGCUUGUGUGCAUCUAAGAUGUUUUAUGCAUUUUGAUGAAAGAUUCAUUACAUACAUAUGGCCUUUAAAUCUAGGCUAUGCAGUGAUGGUAAGUUAGCAGGAUGUAUAACAAAGAAACUAUCGGUUAUGUUGCCCAUAAAUAUUGCACAGUGCUUUGUCAAAUUUCACAGUAUGUUUUAUUUCAUGAUGUUGGUCCGUUUCCUACAGAAAAUGUUCCAACUCGUAACUCUGAUGUGGACUACCGGUUUCUGGAAGCCGCCAAGGCUGGAGAUUUGGACACUGUGCAGGUAAGCUGAUCAGCUACAUCAUCUCGGGUUCAUGAAUUCAAUCAUGUUCCAUACAUCAACGAUGAUCUACCUACCACCAUGAAUCCAAGAUGUCUUCCUCUGUCACUUUUGAUAUUCUGUCUAUGUUGUCUCGUCUGUGUUUUGUAGCAACUGUGCACUCCUCAGAACGUGAACUGUCGGGACCUGGAGGGUCGUCACUCCACCCCUCUGCACUUUGCUGCAGGCUACAACCGUGUGGCCGUGGUGGAGUACCUGCUACAUCAUGGAGCUGACGUACACGCUAAAGACAAAGGGUACGUGUUGUCUUACUAGUCCACCCUACUACCUCUGUCUUUCCUUACUGUCUUUGCAGAGACAUUUACUUUUACCUCAGAUUGUCAGCAAAAAGGCUUUCACUUUGUGUUGAAUACAUAUCUUUGCAUUGGCUUUCAUUCUGCAUUGAAUACAUCUUUAUCAUUGGAUUACAUUUAGCAUUCAAUACGUACAAUACUUGAAACCUUUAGUCAUAUAAUUACAUUAUUUAUAGGAUCUCUGUGCCUUCAGUGGUCUAACUAGUCUGUCUGUCCUGCAGCGGUCUGGUGCCCCUCCACAAUGCCUGCUCCUAUGGUCACUAUGAGGUGGCAGAGCUGCUGGUGAGACACGGGGCGUCGGUGAACGUAGCUGACCUCUGGAAGUUCACCCCUCUCCACGAGGCUGCUGCCAAGGGCAAAUACGAGAUCUGCAAACUGCUCCUCAAGGUUAGUCUAGCUGUGCCUUUCAUAUCUUCUGAAAUGAUGAGGUCCCAAUAGCAUAAUAAGGCUAUACUGAGGCAUUUCUAUAGUCAAAACAGCAAAUUAUUUAUUGUGAUAGCUUUUUAUAGACUUUGCUCAAAGCACCAACGUGUCUCUGUGUAGCUAUGUGUAUAGCUAGAAGAGAUUUUCAACGACAGAACAAAGUAUUUUUUAAUGUACAUUCAUGAUGUAUUUGUGUGUGUUGCUCCAGCAUGGAGCAGACCCCACCAAGAAGAACCGUGACGGUAACAUGCCUCUGGACAUGGUGAAGGAUGGAGACACGGACAUCCAGGACCUGCUGAGAGGAGACGCUGCCUUGCUGGAUGCUGCUAAGAAGGGCUGUCUGGCCCGUGUCCAGAAACUCUGCAGCCCAGAGAACAUCAAUUGUAGAGACACACAGGGACGCAACUCCACCCCCCUGCACCUUGCAGGUACUGAACCUACCAGAAUCAAUUUGUGGAAUCAAUCAAUACAUUUUAUAUUUUUAUAAAGCACUUUUUACAUCAGCAGUUGUCACAAAGUGCUUUACAAUUACCCAGCCUAAACCGCAAAGCAGUGGAAUCAAUUCAUUGAAUGGAAAAUGUGGAAACCAGACACAGACCUUUACCACUCAAACAUAAGUGGAUCCCCUUACAUAAAAGGAUGACAGGCAAAUCAUCAAACCCUGGACAGUUUGAUCAUUUGGAGCUAUAUUAUUACUUUGACACAUUACAGAAAGAUCUUUCAUUCAGGUUUUUUUGUACGGUAGACUGCCAUGUUGUUUCAUGUUGUCAUCCGUCUUGUUUCCCACCUCUGUAGCUGGCUACAACAACCUGGAGGUGGCAGAGUAUCUCCUGGAGCAUGGGGCUGAUGUCAACGCACAGGACAAAGGAGGCCUCAUCCCCCUGCACAACGCUGCCUCCUACGGGGUGAGUCGGCACAAAGAUUACGCCUCGGAAGACAUUGUACAUGCUGUACGGUUUGGCCUAAGGGUUUAUAACAUAGACAAUGCAUACAAAAUACCUACGCUGUGACCUUGAGGCCUAAGAUAUGUAACAGCUUGGAUCUAAGGCACUGCAUCGCACUGCUAGCUGUGCCACUAGAGAUCCUGGUUCGACUCCAGGCUCUGUCGAAGCCGGCCGCGACCGGGAGAACCCAUGAGGCGGCGCACAAUUGGCCCAGCGUCGUCCAGGGUAGGGGAGGGAAUGGCCGACAGGGAUGUAGCUCAGUUGGUAGAGCAUGGCGUUUGCAACGUGUGGGUUUGAUUCCCACGGGGGGCCAGUAUAAAAAAAAAAUAUAUAUAAAAAAAUUCUAAUGUAUGCACUCACCAACUGUAAGUCGCUCUGGAUAAGAGCGUCUGCUAAAUGACGUAAAUGUAAGACUAAAUGACGUAAAUGUAGAUAUUGUUUGGGUUACAAAACCUUAUAGAAACCCGUACAGCAAAUACAAGGACAAAACACCCACGCUGUGAUGAAAGUCACCUUGUGGAAAGCUUAAGAAGAUAUGGAACAGCGUGGCUGUCAUCAGUUUCUGGGCAUGUCAUGAUUCAAUCGUGUUACUAAUUUAGUCUCUCCUCUCAUCUGCUACUUCUAUCCUCUGCUCCUCUCCUCAAUCGCUCCUCUCCUGUCUUUCCUCUUCUCUCCUACAGCACGUGGACAUUGCUGCCCUCCUGAUAAAGUUCAACACGUGUGUGAAUGCUACAGACAAGUGGGCCUUCACCCCCCUCCAUGAGGCGGCUCAGAAGGGCCGGACCCAGCUGUGUGCUCUCCUGCUGGCCCACGGAGCGGACCCCACCAUGAAGAAUCAGGAGGGACAGACUGCACUGGACCUGGCCACGGUAACACGCCUUGAUCUCCUACUGUUAGAGCAGCUAGCAAUGCCACAAAAUGAAGUGUUGUUUUUUGCUGUUACUGGCAGACAUUUGCUUGAAUGGUGAAGGUGCAUAAAGAUAGGAAUUCAGAUCUGACGCAAUCGUUUGCGCACUAUCCACAGUUUAACUACGGCGCGCGACAUGGUUCAAUCUGCCUAUAAAUCAGAACAAUCUACUUUUUUGUUUUUUCUAAUUGCCGCCGUCUUGGAGCUAGAAUUGGAAUCGUGUUUACUGUGCUAAUGCCCAUACAAAAAGAUGAACGAUACAGUACGGUGAACUUGGCAAGUUAGGCAUUUGUUAGAAGUACAUGGGGGCUGCCAUCUUUAUGCACCAUACCGUUCUAAAUGCUUACCAUUUUUCCCAUUUAUAUAUUUUGACACACUUAGCAGAAACUAGAGAUUUGGCCAAUACUGAAACAGCCUGAAAUUCAAACAUUUAGACCAACCAGUUCUGACCCAUGGUUUCUCCAUCUAAUUAUGUCUUCCUCUCAGGCUGAUGACAUCCGGGCCCUGCUGAUGGAUGCCAUGCCCCCAGACGCCCUGCCCAGUUGCUUCAAGCCCCAGGCCACAGUGGUCAGCGCCGGCUCGGUCAUCUCCCCGGCCUCCACGCCCUCCUGCCUGUCUGCAGCCAGCAGCAUCGACAACCUGGCCGGGCCCCUCAAUGAGCUGGGAGCCGCAGGGACCUCCGGGGUGGCCGACGGGGCCACGGGCUCUGAGAGGAAGGAGGGAGCAUGUAAGUAGCGCUAUAGAGCCAGGAUCGAAACUGGGGCCGGGGUUUUAGCAUGUAGCUGAUAUAUUCUUGUAGAUUCAACAGAUCUUAACUCCAUCACCAGCUUUGACUCACUGGAUUUGUAUUUGUAUUUAUUAGGGAUCCCUAUUAGCUGCUGCCAAGGCAGCAGCUACUCAUCCUGGGGUCCAAACACAUUAAAGCAUGUACAUUACAUAUAAAACAAAAGAUAAAACAGAACAUCAUAUAACAUUAUUACGGCACUACAUAUCUACAAUACAAAAUGUAUAAUGAAGUCUGGUUGAAGACUAAGGGCCAUACUGAUUCAUCUGUAUUGACUAUCAUUUUACUCACAUAUUGAAUUUGCUUUGUAUUCCAGUGGCGAUGUUGGACAUGAACAUCAGUCAGUUCUUGAAGAGCUUGGGUCUGGAACAUCUGAGGGACAUCUUUGAGAGAGAACAGGUGACUGUUUUAAUGAUAGAGUUUUAUGCUAUAUCAUAACUUAUUUAACAGGGCAUCUAAUUAGUCUGACAUCUGUCUUUUUCCCCCUCUUGAAGUUGCUGUUGUCAUGACACAGUUCAGGAUCCCUGCUCUGAAUUAAAUGUCCUGUUCUCACCCAGAUCUCUCUGGAUGUUCUGGCUGACAUGGGUCACGAGGAGCUGAAGGAGAUUGGGAUCAACGCCUACGGCCACCGACACAAACUAAUCAAGGGAGUAGAGAGGCUGCUGGGAGGACUACAAGGUCUGGACCAAUGUUCCCUGACAUUUUUUUAGACACUGAGUACAUUUCUGGUCUGCUGAGCGCAAACUUGAACGUUGUGAAAAUUCUGUGCAACUUCCAGCACGUGUUUACUGUGAACACUGAGGCUGUACCUGCUUUAAGUUACAGUUUUAACAGUGACCAAGUAGGCUACUGUGGCUAUUUGAUCAUAUUGUAGGCCUACCAGAGUGGAGAAAAAAAAUGCGCCCCGUAACAUUUUAACAUGGAAAUAGCUGUUUUAUCAUUCAGCCUACAGUAGCAGCCAAUGUUUGGUGUUCAAUGUAGGCCUACAUUCCAUGAGACUUUUUAAAAAACAUGCGAGGCUUGACAUUAACCUGUUUAUCCACUUGUCCUUCAGACAAGGAGGUGACUGAAAUUGUUGUUUGACGCAAGAAAACAAAUAAAAUGCAUUAUUAUUCCCAUACCAUUAUUACAGAGAAUCAGACAAGUUGUGCUAGCUACCCUCUGCCUAUUGGCUACUUAGCUUAUUCAAGCCUGUCUCAAAAUGCAACACUGCCCCUUUAAGACCAAAAAACGAUCGUUACCUGACUUGCUUUUCAAAGUUUAGUGCUCUUUUUUUAGUCCAGCACUAGGCCUAAUAUACGUCUGGGAAACUGGCCCUGAAAGUAUAGGUGGGAAGCCAACCCAAUGUGUAACAAAGCAUGAGUGCGUAACAGGUUAUUUGUUUGUUCUCCAGGUGCCAACCCGUACCUGACAUUCCACUGUGCCAACCAGGGCACAGUCCUCAUUGACCUUGCCCCUGACGACAAGGAGGGCCAAUCAGUGGAGGAGGAGGUGGGUACACCCAUACAGAGAGAUACACGGAGUGUACAAAACAUUAGGAACACCUGCUCUUUCCAUGACAUAGACUGACCAGGUGAAAGCUAUGAUUCCUUAUUGAUGUCACUUGUUAAAUCCACUUCAAUCAGUGUAGAUGAAGGGGAGGAGACCAUUAAAGAAAGAUUUUUAAGCCUUGCGACAUGGAUUGUGUAUGUGUGCCAUUCAGAGGGUGAAUGGGCAAGACAAAAUAUGUAAGUGCCUUUGAACAGUGUAUGGUAGUAGGUGCCAGGCACACCAGUUUGUGUCUUGAACUGCAACGCUGCUGGCUUUUUCACGCUCAAAAGUUUCCCAUAUGUAUCAAGAAUGGACAUCCAGCCAACUUGACACAACUGUUGGAAGAAUUGCAGUCAACAUGGGCCAGCAUCCCUGUGGAAUGCUUUUGACUCCUUGUAGAGUCCAUGCUCAAAUGAAUUGAGGCUGUUCUGUUCAAUAUUAGGAAGGUGUUCCUAAUGUUUUGUACACUGGUGUAUAUUGUAUACGCAUGUAUUAUAUUUGAUUCUGUGAGUUGACCUCAUCACACUCUGGUCUGAGUACUGAUAAAGAAAACUACAGCAUCCUAAUGAAGCUGAGUGAAGAUUAUGUACCAACUGAGUGCCAUGUUUAGAGAAAUCGAAUGAAUUCCUGUGAUUUUAAGACGUUUCAUGUUUAUUUUUCUCUCUGCUCCAGAUGCAAAGUACCAUCCGAGAACACAGGGAUGGAGGCAACGCAGGAGGGGUGUUCAGCAGAUACAACAUCAUCAAGGUCAGCUGUACAUGAUAUUACAGUACUACACGCUCUACUCGCUACAUUUGCUCAUAGGAUGGAGCUCAUCCUCCAUCACAUUUAUUGGUUGGUAAGAAUGCACAAUGGCAGGGGUUGGCAACAGGCUGCCCGCAAGUUUUUUAAAAUUACAUUUCUUUUCUGAAUUCAUGAGGAAUUCAGCAAAAAUUAGUUUAAUUUAGGAAAUCUGUUCCCAAGUAUUCUCACGAAUAACACGAGACGUGAUCCUGUCUUAAUGUAAUCAAGGUAUGAAAUGACUUAUUUUCAAAUAGUGUCUUUUUGAGCUUAGUUGUGAUCAGUUUGCAGUGUACAAAUUAUUAUAAUUAUGUUCCGGCCCCCCGAUCAUUCGUUUGACAAAAAUUGGCAUUGGGCUGAAUCUAGUUGCCUACCCCUGCACUAUGGUUUCAGGAACUCUGGUAGUGUUAAUGAUUCCAUCUUCUGAAAAGGAAGGAAGAUUAGAAGUCAUUAGUAUUGCUGCUGUAGUUUAUUCCUGUCUGUGUGUCCAUGCAGAUUCAGAAGGUGGUCAAUAAGAAGCUGCGGGAGCGAUACACACACCGCCAGAAGGAGAUCUCCGAUGAGAACCACAACCACCACAAUGAGCGCAUGCUCUUCCAUGGUAACAAGACAUAUUCCAUAUUCAUAUUACGACCUGUUUUAUUUUUUACCACGCUCCUUGUUAAUUCAACAACAAAAAUUAUGUCUUAACUGAUUAUCACUAGAAAAAUGUUAACCGUGUUUGUCAUUAUUUCUUGUUUUUUACAAAUACGAAUUUCAGUCGUAUUUUACAUUUGUUCUUGUUUCAUGUCUUUUGGUUCUCCAGGUUCUCCGUUCAUAAAUGCCAUCAUCCACAAAGGCUUUGACGAGCGGCAUGCGUACAUCGGAGGGAUGUUUGGAGCAGGGAUCUACUUUGCUGAGAACUCCUCUAAGAGUAACCAGUAUGUGUAUGGCAUCGGGGGCGGCACCGGAUGCCCCACUCACAAAGACCGCUCCUGUUACCUGUGCCACAGGUGAGACAUGAUCGAUGGAAAGAACACAUAUUUAGGUGCAUUGAGGCUUUACUGCUAUUACUCAUGAAUAGACUGUUGCCAAACUAGUGCCUCUCUCUCAAUCAAUUAAUCUAUCAAUCAAUCAUGGCCUUCAUCAGAGCUAUGAUAAUUAUGAAACCUCAUUAGUGAACCAUCAUUUGACCCCUGUUCUCCGUGACCUACAGGCAGAUGUUAUUCUGCCGUGUGACCCUGGGGAAGUCCUUCCUCCAGUUCAGUGCCAUGAAGAUGGCCCACGCCCCCCCUGGACACCACUCUGUGAUUGGCCGGCCCAGCGUCAACGGCCUGGCCUACGCAGAGUACGUCAUCUACAGAGGGGAGCAGGUGAGACUUAAAUUGAAUUCUACUUUAUUUAUCCCCUCAAAGACAAGUCCAGACAUUAGGCAAUCAGGCAGAAGUUUUUACACGUUAGGGGCCGGUUUCCCGGACACAGAUUUAAGCCUAGACCUGGACUAAAGAAUCCACAAUGGAAAAUCUCCUUUGAAAUUGCUUUGUAAUCCAGUACUUAUUAUUUGCUCUUCUCAUUGACUUCUGUCCCAUGUGUGUUGGCAGGCCUACCCAGAGUAUCUCAUCACCUAUCAGAUCCUUAAGCCGGAGAGCACAGCCGCGUCUGCUGCAGGAGAGGAUCAGAAGACCUAG